AUGUCGCUGCGCGAGCUUUAUUACGUGAUGAAUAGUCGCGGUCGACGCGGUGGUUGGCCAAGUGGUUCGACGCAAACGCGCGUGACGGAACAUCAAAUCGCGGCGACGAUUCGGAAAAUAUCACAAGCUCUGGGUGCGCCCAGAAUUGCCCUCGGAAUCGUUGCGGCUUCGAAGGGGCAGGUGGCUGGUCGAUGUCACAUCGAAACCGCCUCGGGCGCUCGAUUCGAUUGCACCGCGUGCGGGAACGAUGGGUGGGCAAUUACGGGUGAUUUAUUUGAGCUCGACGCGACGAAGAUUCACAGCGACGCAGCGUACGUGAUCGUCGUAGAGAAGGACGCCGUGUUUAAUCGUUUGUGCGCCGAACGCGUCUUUGAAAAGUUGCCGUGCGUGCUCGUCACAGCGAAAGGAUUUCCAGAUUUGGCGACUAGGAAAUUUCUCCACUUGUUGCGACGCGCGCUCGAGGACAACGACCGCGGGAACGAGGCGCAGUUUUUCGGGCUCGUCGAUUGGAAUCCGUCGGGUUGCUGGAUUCUGUCUACGUACACAGUCGGAAACUCGUCGAGCGCAAUGGACGUGUCAGAAUACGUCACGCCGCUGAAAUGGAUCGGUUUACGUUCGCAAGAUUUGUAUUUGAUCCCCGAGUGCGCGUUUCAGGCGUUGUCGAGCCGAGACGAGGCGAUGAUUAACAACGCGCUGAACGAAACCGCGGCGACGCAUCCGCUGAGACCUUUCGCGAGCGAGUUAGAAGUGAUGCAGGCGCGAGGUCAGAAGGCUGAGAUCGAAGCGUUAUACGCGAAUGAUGACAUCUCUUUCUUGCUCACCGACUUCGUGUCGUCCAAGAUUGCGGCGUUCGAGGAGGAGUGA